AUGACAGGUUCUACUGGCUGGCGGCUGAGGGGAAUAGGAGCUGAUUUCCCAAAGGCUGUACUUAGAUACCACAAGAGAGCGUUCUCAGCCGUCAUUCAAGUUGAGGAGUUUCCGGAAGAUUUUCCGGAGAAUCCUUUACGGGGUAGUUACAUACCACCUGGACAGCUUGGAACGCUCUGGUGGCGUGACCAUACCGACCUAGUAAUUCCCGUACAUCCGCUGACAAAAUAUUUCGCCUCAUUUUCGUUUUUAGUUAUGGUAACGCUCAACCCAAUCCCGGGGAUGAAACAGUUUGAUACGCUAGUUUACUACGUAUGUAAUACCAGCACUGACACCAGUACCCUUACCAUAUCGGCAUUAAUUGUAUUACCCCUCCUGCAGUACAACCUCCCACACCUACACCUCCCGCAAGCUCUUGCGAUAUACUCCGGAUAUCUCUCUCCAUAUCUCUCACCUACUACCACUACCUCUACCUCUUGGUCUGCCACAACCACCCUCACCAGCAGUGACCAGCUUGGGUCCUUGGACGGUGGCUGUGCUGCCUACGUAAUCUGUCCGCCUAUCCGGUUAUCGCAGCGCAUUACCUACCGAGCCUGCAACCCUCCGUUGCCCUUUGCGCCUGGGUAA